AUGGCAUACCUACACGAUGCGCCUCCCAAUGCUGCGCUUCCCAAUCUGCCUCCCCAUUCACCUCUAAAUUCGACGCCUCAGCUUCCGGCAGAUACUCCGCCCGACGUGACACGCAAUAUGCCUCCCUGCCCAACGGUGCAUCUAGACUCCUCUGCGGUGCAGGCUCAGCCCGAGAGUUUUCCUUCCAAUCCUGCCACGCACGCCCAGUCCCAUCCUGUGCCGCCCAGCUUGCUCCCGAACCCACCUCCCGGAUACCUUAUGUUGCCGAUACCGUUUCCUGUAAAGCCGCUGUUUAAUAAUAUCUUAAACGCACCGGAGAAUAUUGGCGAAAUGAGACAACGUUUUUUCUCCUUAGAAACGCCGAUAGUCCAGAGCCCUUACGAACAUGAGAUCUACUGGCCUUUCGUUGACAAUUUUUGGGUGCGGAAUAAGGUGAAAGACUCCACGGAUUGCCGUACAGAAUAUUACUGGUGUCGCUUAUUUCGUAAGCAGGAUCAGAAAUCCGCGGUUCCUCCAGAGCUGCGAAAAAGAAAAUGCACGAUCCGUAGCGCCGUGGGGUGUGAAAUGAAGCUUCGAAAACGUUUUUGGAAAGAUGGUACUGUCGAGAUAUCUAACCAUGGGACAUGUAAUGCCCAUUGCCAUUCGCUGGACGAUAUGGACCAGAUAAAACGAAAUUCCGGUGUCAGGCUCGCAAUUGGAAACGAGAUAGGCAAAGGGUAUAAACCCACGGAAGUAAAGAGGGUUCUAUUAAAGAAUCAGGACAUUUUAACAGCCGCGGGUGGGCAAUGCAUCACGAUUAAGGAUUGCCACAAUGCCGCUCUCGUCCAUAAUAAAGAAAGUAAAGAACAGCUCCCACCGAGAAAAGAGGACAAUCAACCUGGGGUACGAGAAAAUAUGCAAGAAGAUGAGCCCAUGAUUGGACAAAUACUUCAAGAACACACGCCGCGUGAGGCAGAAGCACUGGACAAAAUGUCCAUAGAGGUUCAACCCCAAGCGUCAGCUGAACUGACAGCUUCGUCACUACGUAAGGUGUCAAAAGGAGGGUCAAACAGCGAAGCUAUCGAUCAAACAAGUUGA